AUAAUAUAAAAAAAAAACUAUUGUUUUUAAAAUCCAAUAAUUCUCAACUUUGUAAAUAAAAUUUUAAAUAUCUAAAUUUUUUAUUUUCGUUUUGUAAAUAUAAUAUAUAAAUAAUAAUAAUGACAGAAUAUAAAUUAGUUAUUGUCGGUGGAGGUGGUGUUGGUAAAUCAGCACUUACUAUUCAAUUAAUUCAAAAUCAUUUUAUUGACGAGUAUGAUCCAACAAUUGAAGAUUCAUAUAGAAAACAAGUAACUAUUGAUGAAGAAACUUGUUUAUUGGAUAUUUUAGAUACAGCUGGUCAAGAAGAAUAUUCAGCAAUGAGAGAUCAAUAUAUGCGUACUGGUCAAGGUUUCCUUUGUGUUUAUUCAAUUACAUCAAGAUCAUCAUAUGACGAAAUUGCUUCAUUUAGAGAACAAAUUCUUAGAGUCAAAGAUAAAGAUAGAGUUCCUUUAAUUUUAGUUGGUAACAAAUGUGAUUUGGAUCAUGAAAGACAAGUCUCUGUAAAUGAAGGCCAAGAAUUAGCAAAAUCUUUCAACUGUCCAUUCAUGGAAACCUCUGCCAAGAGUAGAAUCAAUGUAGAAGAAUCAUUUUAUUCUUUAGUCCGUGAAAUUAGAAAAGAUCUUAAAGGUGAUCAAGUUGAUAAAACCAAAAAGAAAAAGAAAUCAUGUAAUAUUUUAUAAACAAAUUUUGAAAAGAAUUUAUUUCUUUUUUAUAAUUUAAAUUUCACAACCACUCAAAUAAAUAAAAUAAAAUAAAAAAAAAAAAAA